AUGACAAGCACUACUACGGGUAUUCAAUUCGACUUGGCACAAGCAGCAGCAACACCAGCAGUAGAAAAUGGUGGCGGCUACACCAUACCAAAAAGAUCCGUCGCUAGUCGACAAGACGAUAACGAUUGGCAUGAGUCUACUUUAACGACCAUAUCAUCAUCCAUGGAUCACAACACAAAAAGUCAUCUUCAUCAGCAUAAGGAAUACAUGCACAAGGAAGAGACGGAAGUGGAGCACGCACCUGACGAGAGAACGUUACGCCCUGAUGACGAUUAUUACAAUGACACUACAAAGCAACCAGAAGCGUAUUAUACAGAAGGCUUGAAGAAUCCAGGAUGGCUUACGGUGUUAGGGACGUUCUUGUUGAACAUUUAUACGUGGGGCGUUGUCUCUAGCUGGGGCGUCUUUCAAGUCUUGUACCUCAAAGUGUAUGCUGGGCAAACGGAUGAAGCACGUAUUUCGUUUGUUGGUACAUCAGCCAAUGCAAUCAUUCUUGCUCUUGGUUUGGUUGGCACGCCUAUUAUACAGCGAUUCCAUUAUCGUGGUACCAUCUUUAUAGGUGCUGUCAUUUGUUGUCCUCUUAGUCAGCUUCUUGCUAGCUUUGCGACUGAGCUAUGGGAAGUUUUCUUAACGCUCGGGUGCAUGUUUGGCUUUGGAGCUGGUCUUUGCUAUAUCGCUUCUUCAACAUUACCCUCACAAUGGUUCUUUCGCAGGCGUGGUCUUGCGAGUGGCAUCGCAAGUUGCGGUGCAUGUGUGGGCCCCAUGGUCUUUUCACCGCUAACACAAUCAUUGAUUACAAAUAUGGGAUACCGUAACGCACUACGUGUACUUGCUGCUAUUGGUUUUGCCACUUGCUGUCUAGGCGUGGUAUUGAUCCGACCACGGUAUCCACCACCAUCAUCGUCGUCGUCAUCAUUGGAGAGCGAAAAACAAAAACAAUCCAAAUGGUGGCAACGUAUCCUAUCCUUGGAUCGAGCCAUGUUUACGUGGGAAUACAACUUUUACCUACUACAUUCAUUCUUGUCGACCUUUGGAUACCUUCCACCCUUCAUCCUAGCACAAACCUAUGCAUCCGAACUAGGUGCUGAUCCUGCUUUUGCGGCCAUCUUUGUUUCGAUUCUUGAAGCAGGGAAUGGUUCCUCACGUAUCAUUUUCGGUUGGCUUGGUGAUCAAUGGCUCGGUCGCAUUAAUGUUCUUUUUCUCACUACACUCGUAUCUGGGAUUUUCACGUCUGUGAUUUGGCAAAAUGCAAUCACCAUUCACAUCUUUGUAAUUUAUUGCGUACUCUUUGGCUUUACAGGUGGUGUCUUUAGUGGAUUGCAGCCUGUCAUUAGUGCGGAGAUCGUGGGCGUUGAUAGGAUUCAAGAAGGUGUGGGUGUAUCAUACUUUUUAUCGCUCUUUGGUAUCUUGACUGGAACACCGAUCAUGGGAUCUUUACAUCUUCACUAUGGAUGGACCGCAGCUAUUCAGUUUACGGGUGCGAUGACCAUAGCAUCGGCGAUGGCUGUUUUGGGAACAAGGUUCUUGAUGAAUAAGCGUUUGUUGGCAAAGGUGUAA